AUUCAGUUGUUAUUUGAUUCCAGCCCAGUGCGGUCGUGUUUCCGAGCGCUCCGAGAUCCCAAACCGGUUUAGUGCCAUAUUAUUGUUUUUCCUCCCAAAGAGCUCGAAUCGCACCGAAUCUCAAAAUGAAAAUCGACCUUACUGUGGAAAGCGGCCCGUGCAACACCCCCCUGCGGAGUUGGUGUCUGGGCAUUGCGAUCUACUGGCUAAUUAGCAUAACUUUCAGCGUGCUAUUCGCCCCAAAUGUUCUCAACUUUGUUGGUUUUGCAAUUGUUGUAGUUGGCAAUGUGUGUUUGUUGAUCGGCACCCUAAGGGAAAAGCAUAUGCUGGUCUUCGUUUGGCUGAUAUUCGCUGCUAUCGAAGCCAUUGGGUUUCCGUUCGCCGUUUUCGGUGUUAUCUUCCACUACGGAGGAUACCGCGAAGCCACUGGAAUCAACAACAUUUUUGGCGCCCUGCUCAUAUACAUCAUCACGUUCUUGCUUGUCGCCUUCAGCGCCCGCAUCGUGUACUCCUUCUACCUCCAGCUGAAGAAUAGCGAUGCCAACAGACAAGCCCCACGCACCCUAAACGUGGUGUAGUGCCUUUGAGAUUGCCAUUUUCGGUGUUCUCUGCGCGAGGAGACUUAAAAACAUUACGUUUUCGGCGGCCUGUCAGCUGAAUAAUUGCGAGACCACCGUACAUCUUGCGCGCACUCUAAGCGUGUCUUAGCUUUCUACCACUAGACUAUUUAUUGGGGAGACCCUACCCUGUUCUUCGCCUCACAGUUUGCAAUAAAAUGCGAUUUUAUUUUA